GGCGAAAUAGCUAACUACUACGCCACCAGAGGGCGGGAAGCAAGCACGCAAGCUUUCUAAUUGUUGAUGAUAGUUAGUCACGAUGGUUCUUACAGAUAUUAAAACUGCCGAAGAAUUUGAUAAAUGCAUCAAUUCGGACGUGCUUUUGAUUGUAACUCAUUUUUGGGCCGAAUGGGCUCCACAAUGCCGACAAAUGGACGAUGUUAUGGAGGAAUUAAGUAAUGAUAAUCAGUAUAAAGAUGUAAAAUUUAUUAAGGUUGAAGCUGAAGCAUUAGCAGAUAUUGCAGAAAAAUUCAAUGUUAAUUGUGUCCCUACUAUAGUAUUUUUUAAUGUAAGUAAAGUAUUUUUUACANAAAAUAUAUUUUAUUCAUUUUUAUAUAUAUGUAAAGGUUUGAAGACUUUUUCCAACUGGCCCACUUAUCCUCAGCUGUACAUCAAUGGAGAACUAAUAGGUGGUUUGGACAUAUUAAAAGAAUUAGCAGAAAAUGGUGAACUUGAGAAUUUACUUCCAAAGAAACAAAGUCUUAACCAGAGGCUUGAGGCUCUUAUUAAAAAAGCACCAGUGAUGAUAUUCAUGAAAGGAAAUCCUGAUGUUCCUCGUUGUGGUUUCAGUAAAACUCUUAUUGGAAUAAUGAAUGAAAUUGGUGUAAGUUACGAAACAUUUGACAUAUUACAAGAUGAAGAGGUACGUCAAGGAUUAAAAAUUUAUUCAAAUUGGCCAACUUAUCCUCAAGUGUAUGUCAAUGGUACUUUGAUUGGAGGAUUAGAUAUAAUUAAGGAAUUAAAUGAAAGUAAUGAGACUUUUCUCUGGAUUCAAAUUUUAAUUAUAAGAAUAUUUUGUAGGCUUGAGGCUCUUAUUAAAAAAGCACCAGUGAUGAUAUUCAUGAAAGGAAAUCCUGAUGUUCCUCGUUGUGGUUUCAGUAAAACUCUUAUUGGAAUAAUGAAUGAAAUUGGUGUAAGUUACGAAACAUUUGACAUAUUACAAGAUGAAGAGGUACGUCAAGGAUUAAAAAUUUAUUCAAAUUGGCCAACUUAUCCUCAAGUGUAUGUCAAUGGUACUUUGAUUGGAGGAUUAGAUAUAAUUAAGGAAUUAAAUGAAAGUAAUGAGUUAAAACAAACUUUAUUAGGGAAUUAAAUCAAUUUUUAUCUUUAAUAAAUAAACUAUUUGUUAUUUCAUUAUAGAUGACAAUAUUAAUGUAAUCUAUUUACUAUAUGCAUAAAGAUACUGGUAAAUAGUAAAUAAAAUCUUCACUUAUCAAAGCUUUGUGGUGUAUUUUU